AUGAAGACGUACAUCACUUCCGCUCUCAACAUUCUCUCGCUGGCAGCCCUCGUCACGGCCAACUGCCACGGCAACAACUGCGCCCGAGCCGUGACCGGCACCGGCGCUCACGUAACACCGGCCCUCGAGUCUCGCAAGAGUGACUGCUCCAGCUUCAUGCUCACCACCGUCACCCCGGCCGUCUUCACCACUACCAAGACCACCACCAUCUACACCAGCUACAAGGACAAGGGCCCCAAGCCAUCCCCAAGACCUCAAAACCCUCAAGUCCCUCCCGCCGGCCCCGUCACCGUCAUCCCGACCUCCGUCCCCUCCUACGUCACCAAAUCCUGCACCAGCGAGGGCGAGUACUCCUCCGUCUGCAGCUGCUGGAACAUACCCGCGGCCGUGACGACCGUCGCCACGCCCACCGUGCCAGUCACCGCCAUCGUCUGGGCUAACGUCGGCUGCGACUCGGCCUCCCACUGCCGCCAAAACGGGUUCAACACCUUCAAAUGCGGCAAGGACGACAAGGAACGCUGCGUCUGCCUCAAGAGCGUCCCCAAGGGCCAGCAGCUCUGCGUCCGCGACCUCGGCUGCGAGGACAGAAAGGAGUGCAGGAGGUCCUCUGAUUGUGACGCGGGCGAGGGCUGCGUCGAGCGCCACUGCUGCGAUGAGGACAAACAGCCUUUGACACCCCCGAAAACCAAGAUCUGCGUCCCGUAUGCGCCGAAAGGUUGUCUCAUUCGUACUGGGACGGGCGCCACCCUUGAGGAACGGGAGGAAAAGUUGACGCCCAGAGGCAAGAAGGGACUGUCGUCGGGAGAAGAUGUGAACAAUUGA